UUCAGCGUCCUCUUGGUAAUCGGCUAGCUGGCUAGCUAAACUGGGGGAAUUUCAGUUCUGCGCUCCUGGUUAGCUAGUUAAUAUUCAAACUUAAUACAUUUAGCUCUGUAUAUUUAUUUGAUGUGUGAGACUGAUGUGUAAUGAAGACCCUCCUAGUUUACCUGUUGAUUAGUAAGUAAGAUAACGGGAAGACGCGAUGAGCCAGUGCCUGCACAUGAGCCUGAGGUAAACCUGUAACAGGAAUGAAGUAUUGCUCCUGUGGACUGCACCGCUGAAGAUGAAGAAAAUUUUCCAUUUCACCAAAAGAAGAAAAGGCUCUCCAAGUGCGUCUGAAACAGCCAGUGUGCUUUCUGUUGGCUAUGACCUGAAGGAGAAAGACUUGGGCAAGGUGCAUAAAGCUGCAUUCACUGGAGACGUGGCUAAACUCAAACAACUCACCAAAAAGAACGACUUAAAUCAGCUUGAUAAAGAGAACAGAACUGCACUACAUAUAGCCUGCGUUCAUGGACACACAGAAGUGGUUCAGUAUUUGGUGGAAAACAAAGUUAAACUCAACCUAUGUGACAAUCAGAACCGCUCCGCCUUAAUGAAGGCUGUGCAGUGCCAGCAGGAUCGCUGUGUGUCCAUCCUUCUGGAGCAUGAGGCAGAUCCCAACUUGGUGGAUAUCAACGGGAACACAGCGUUGCACUUGGCUGCCCGCAUCCCCUCGCUGCCUGUGGCACUGAACCUCCUUGAACACGAGGCGAACAUCAAUGCCCAGAACAAGGAAGGCAAUACUCCCUUGAUAUUGUCAGUGGAAGAAAAUCAUGCAGAGAUGGCUGAAUUUUUACUUAAGGAAGGGGCAGAUGUUAAUCUCCAAAACCAGGAGUGCCGAACCCCUUUACUGAUUGCUGCUUGCAAUGGCCAAAUCAGUAUGGUGCGACUGCUUUUGCAGUACAAUGCUGAUAUCACUGUGAAGGAUAAUAAAGGAUGGUCAUCUGACGACUAUGCUGUAAUGAAUGGGCAUCAUGCUUGUUCACAUCUAAUCAUUGAGCAUGGGACGAAGCGGAAGCCCUUGCAGUCACCCUCCCAUCUUGCCUUCAAUAAAAAUAAGCAGAGUUCAUUAUUGGGCAGUCCUGAGGCCGGCUUUGCUCUCGGAGGUCCAACUCUAGGGAAAGAUGGAGGAAGUGCAAAAGAAGAAGGGAAAGAUACAGAGGACAAUUCACAUGCAGACUCCAUCAGUAGAGCAUCAAAAAGUGGUCCUGCUGAUUCCUGGCCCUCUACAGAUGAUGAUGAUGAUGACGAUGAAGAGCUUGACCUGGGCCCAAAGAAACCUCAAAAGCUAAACUUGAAGAAACUCAUGAGUGCCUCCAAAAUCGAGGGGAAAAGAUUCGCUGUGGUCCAGGAUCCAGAUAAAUCCUGGAGUGGCACUGAGUCCGAGCCUAUCAGCGAGGGCAAUGCAGUAGAACCCAUGGCUUUCCCUGGUAGCAGUUCCUCCACCCAGCAUCCUGUAACCCCUAAACCUAUCUCCUUUUCCAACCUUCCCCAGAUGACCUCCACCCCCCUCAUCAGCUCCCAAAAGGAAAUCGAGGAAAAGUCAUCUUCAGAAGAUGAAUAUGAGGAAGAGGAUAUGGAUGAAGAAUGUGAUGACAUACAAAAUGAAAGAUCAGAUGUUGACAAUCUACAAAAGACAGAAACUUCUAAGAAGAGGGAUUUUUUGUCAGAGUUAGGAAUUGAAAAAGAAGAUGAAGAGGAUUCACCUUGGGACUCAGAGUCUGGCUCAGACAGCCCGAGCAAAAAGGAUCAAAGUGGGCUGAACUCCCCAACCAAGUCACAUAAACCCAUGUCCAGUAUUCGUGAGGAGAGCAGUGAAGCCCUGCAUUAUAUUCCAUCUUUCUUAAGAGGAUCGAAGCACAGUAGUGUAUUCAGGAGUGUUGCUUGGCCUGGAGGUCAGAAGGCAGUGGUUUUAAGGACUAGUCAGGAAGAGGAGGAUAACAGCGAUGAAGAGAAAUUGGAAAAGCAGCACAAACUGCUUCAUAGGGAGCCAGUAUCAGUGCUGAAUAAACUGCUGGAGUCUAAAGAUACUAGAAAAAGGACCGAUGUAAUGGAGGAACUUGGUUUAGGAGAUGUUGAUGAUCUUGAAGAUGCUUCAGACUGGGACUCAGCAAGUACUACCAGUAAAGCCAGUAAAAACCUGCCAGUCUAUAAACCCGAGGAAGAGUUAGCGAGUGAAACCCCAUUGCCUCUGCCGGUCGUCCAAGAGCAGGAACAUCCAAGAGCAUCUGUUGCAGAAACACAGGGAGCUGCCAACACAAAAAAUGAAGAAGGAAAAGAAUCUUCCCUUUUAAGAACUCGUCCAUUGCCAAGUCCACGCUCAUUCAAACCUCUUACCAGCACACAGCCCCAACCUCAACCCCAACCUCAAACACACAUUCACAAGGAGUCUAUUAAGAAACCAAUGAGUGAUGAAGAGUCAGACUGGGACACAGACAACACCUCCAGUCGUGCAAAGUUGACAACUCCACUGCCAAACAUUGUUGAGACUGAAACAGGUACAGUGUCACCACCGGAGGAAGACAGAGAGAGUGACCAUAGCUCAGAGGCCAAUGAACAUCCCGAAGAGGAGAGAGAGACAUUAGAUGCACUUGAGAUAGAUGUAAGUAGUCCAUAUCAGCUAGCCCCCUCUGAAUCCCAGACCACUGAGGUAGGAGAGAAUGAAGAGGAUAAAGAAAAGCAAGAAGAUGUAGAAAAUACAUCUUUCCAUGAGACUACCUGGGAGCAACGCUAUGAGAAAAUCUGGGUGGAAAUUGAGAAAAAGGAGACAAAAUCCCAAUACAAAAACGUAGCCGCUGAGCUUAAAGAAAGGUUUGGAGAGAUAGAGCAGAAAGCGCAAAGUGAGACUGCCCAGGACCAAGAGGCGAAGGAAGAAAAAGAAGAAGGAAAUGAAGAUAUAAAAAAAGACGUUCCUGUGGGUGCAUCUGAAGAAGACUCCAGUGAAGACGAGGAAGAGUUGAUAGUGCGACCCACUACACGGGCUAGGAGUGUUCAACUGCUGCCUAUUCCUGAGCAGAGGGAGUCUGGACAAGAGGAAUCCUACUCUGAGGAUCUUCCCAAUAACGAUUUUGCCAAACACAAAGAUAUCCAGCAACAUUCUUUAGAGACUCUGAAUGAAACUGCUCACGAAACACUAAGCAGCUCUUACCAAAGGUCUGGCUAUAGUGCAGACGCUUUCUCUAAUAUAAGUGAAAAUAUAGAGAACUUAAGAUUGGCUCACUCGGGUGAUCUCGAAACUCCAUUUGCUAUGAACCAAGAAUCUUCUCAGGAAGCUGGGAUUAGUCCGCUGCAUUUGGUUCGGGAGCCGAGGAUCCUUCCUUCUAUCCCAGAUGCAGUCUCUUGCAACUCAGAGGAAUUGGUUGAGGAGGGCCUACAGAGGUCCAUAAACGAGGGUAGUGUGGCAAAGGCUGGUGUCAUGAGAGGAGAAUCUAAAUCCAGUGUCUUAUGGAAGACUCAUGGCUCUGGUAAACAAUCUGACAUUGACCAAGAAAAAGGCAAGAAAGCAGACACCAACCCUGACAAGCCAAACCCUAAACAGGAAGGGACUUGUGAUAGUGGAUCUCAACAGAAGGAUCAUGUUUCACCAAAAUGGCCAACAAGAAGCCCAAGGAGGAAGACAACACUGCUUGAUGAUGAGGAGAAGAGAACUAUGGGUAGCCAGGGGAACCUGCUACGUGUUCCUGCCUCAAAGCAGUCUAGCGAUCCCUGCCCUGUGAACCAUCGUAAUGGAGGCCCCCUGUCUGUGUUUGAUGAUAGUACUUUAAGUGAGGUGUCAGAAGAUGAAGGAAGGUCUCCAUCCUCACGACAUAGGGCUGAGAAAAAGAAUGGUGGAGAGUUGGAAAUAGCAGAUGACUUUGAAGACCUCACACAGUCGUCCGACACAGCUACUGAAGAGCUGGACUCUGCUACAUCAGGCUACUUUAAUGCCUCUCUGCUCAUCAAGCAGCUGGAUACCAGCUCUAUAGAUUCAGUGAGCAUGGUGAAGUUGCAGAACAUGUUCCAUGAGUAUGAGCACACCAUCCAGAAGGAACGCAACAGACACAGCCGACUAGCUGAUAAGGUUUCUCAACUGGAGCAGGAGCGGAAUGAGCUCAAACUCCUGCUGGAUGAGAGCAGAGAGAGCAAGUCCAGCCUGGAGCACCUCCGAUUAGAGCUGGAGACAGACCUCAACAACUUCAAGUUUCUGCUGAAGCAGGAACAGGAGAAGCACCAGAGUGCUUCUAUGCUGUAUGAUAAGACCCGGGAGCAGUUGUUUAGGAAAGAGGAACAGCACCGAGACGAGGCAGAGGAGAGGGAGAGAGCGGAGCUCAAAAUGAGAAACCUGGAACUAGAGAUUAGGGCCCUGAUGAACAACAUGAAGCAGUUGGAAGAAGACAGGAAUGAAACCCAGCGUCUUUUGGCCCAUGAGCAAAGUGCUCGAGCCUUACAGGAGGACCUGCUGAAUAGUCACCUGCGCAAGCAGCAGGAAAUUGAAGAGAAGAACCUUAGAAAUGUCACCAAGAGCAACGAGGCCACAUCCCAGCUAACCGAAGCCAGUGAGCGUGAGAGGGAGCUGCAGCAGCAGGUCUGCACUUUGCAGGAGGAGCUGAGCUCAGUGCGGGCUGAGCUGGAGCACUUUCGUUCACUCAGCCGGCAGGAGGAGAGCAGACUGGUCGAUGAGAGAGACGCGCUGCGGGAGAGACUAGAGGAUGCUCGACGUGACCUAAAGCUAAAUGAUGAGACCCUAGCUCAGACUGUCUUCCAGUACAACGGGCAGUUGAGCACCCUGAAGUCAGAGUGUACACUGCUCAGCACCAAACUGGAGCACGAGAGGCAGGUGCGCCAACAGCUGGAGACUGAGGCUGAGACCAGCAAAACACGGCUCCAGGCAGCCCUGCAGGAGACUGAGCGGUGUCAGGCGGCGCGUGCAGAGACAGAGCGCACUCUGCAGCGCGAGCGUGAACAGCAUCAGCGAUCUGAAGAGAAGCGGACAUCAGAAUCCAGCUCGCAGCGUGACACCAUCCAGUCACUUUCUCAGAAGCUGAGUGAGGUCGAGGCCCGCGCCAACAGCCUGGAGAAUGAGUGGCACAGAGCCACUCUGAGCGUGGCUGAGAAGAGUGCGAUGUUCGAGACGGCAGCUCGCGAACGGGAACAGGCCCGUGCACGGCUCGAAGAGCUGGAGGGGACGCUGCAGAGCGAGCGUGAUCGGGCCAGCCGUGCCGUCGCUAGACAGGAUGCCAUGCAGGAGAGGCUGGCACAGGCACAGAGCGAGGGUGCCCUGCUCAGGCAGCAGUUGGAGGAGGCACAGAACAGGGGCACAGCCAAGGAGCAGGCUGUUACGGACGCGCAGGAGUGCUUCACUCAAGCGCUCAGCCAGCUGCGUGCCAACGGUGAGGAGAGAGUGCAGCUGGUUGAGGAGAGGAGCAAAGAGCUGGCAACCAAAAACGCAGAGCUCCGAGAGCAAAACUACAGACUAGAGCAGGAGAAAGCUGAUAGAGAGAGCUCUCUGAGGCAGCUUCAACAGGAUCUGGCUGACUCUCUAAAGAAGCUGUCCAUGUGUGAGGCGUCUCUGGAGGUGAACACUCGGUACCGCAAUGACCUGGAGGAAGAGAAAGCGCGCACUCAGAAGGACAUGGACAGACUCAGGGGAAAGCUUCAGGAGAGUGAGGAAAACAACAUUCAGGUGGAAAGGCGCGUUAACACUUUGAUGGGCACUUUGGAUGAGAAGGAGCGGGACCUCAUCUGCACUGGUCAGAAACUCCAGGAGGUGCUCGCUGCUACAACACGUUCAGAACAAACCAUUAAACAACUAGAGGAGGCAGUACAGAGAUUGGAGAUUGAGAACGCCAGACUAGAGGCAACAGCAAAACAACAGAAUAACCGCAUUGAAAUCCUCCAAAAAGAAGCUCAGGAAGCUACUGCUCUGACCGAUUCAUCACCAGGAGGAGGGGUUGGUAUUUUACAUGCUGUGAAGCUAACUGCGUCUUUCACCGAGUUCUUGAUCAACCAGUUUACUAGGUGUCCAGAUACAACCCAAGCCAAAGUGCGAAAUCAAUUGGAGAAUUUAGUCACAAAUUUGCAAAGCAGCAAAAUGACACUAGAGGAUCAGCUCAGUCGUGAGGUCCAGAAGCAAAGUAUGCUUUCCCACAAUGCCCAUGACUCUCAGGCCCUGUGGGAAGAGGAGCUGAAGAAUCGAUCACGGUUUGGUCUCCGACUGGCUGAACUGGAAAAAGAGAAAGGAGAGCUCAGCAACCAGAUGGAGCUAGAAAGGAAGAAAGCCAAAAAGAUAGCAGAGCAGAAGAAGGCCGUCGAUGCCCGACUGGACCAAGAGAUGAAGAGAAACACUGAACUACAGAAAGAAAUGUACAGGUUGCGGACUCUGGUGAAGACUGCUAAGAAGAAGCUGCGGGAGCAGAAUGGAGGAGAGCUGGGUUCUCCUCUGGGCAGUCUGAGAGGAGAGCUGUCCUACAGACAGAAUGAGACGGAGGGAGCCGUCAGCAGGAUGAAGAUAAAAGUGGAUGAGCUGCAAGUGCAGUUGGAGAGGGAGGCGUUACGCUGCUCCAAGCUGGAAGACAUGAACCGGGAGCUGAAGGAGCAGCUCAGCUCUCUGAAGAGCCUGGGUCGCAGUCACGAGCGUCUGGAGCGCAGUAAGCAGCAGCUGGAAGAGGAGGUGACAGGCCUGCGCAGGAGGAUGGAGGCAGGAGUCAUGGACCAGAGCCAAGCCGAGCAAUUCCGCAGGGAGACGGAGGAGAGAGCCAGACAGGAGAUACGGCAUAAACUAGAUGAGAUCAACCUCUUCCUGCAGACACAGGCAGCGUCUCAGGAAGCUCUGGAGCAGAUGAAGGCUGCUAAUGAGGCGAGUCAGAGAGCCGAGCUGGAGCAGCGCAUUAGGGAGCUGGAGGCCGACCUGAGCCGCGCACACACCACUCAGCAGGACAGUCUACUGCAGAGAGAUUCCAGCCGCACAGAGCUUGAGCGCUACAGACAACUCUACACUGACGAGCUGAGACUCCGGAAGAGCCUCGCUAACAAGCUUGAGAGGUCUAAUGAACGGCUAGCGGAGGCCAACGCAAAGCUACUAAGCGAGAGGCAGCGCAGCAAAUCUCUCCUCGGAAGCAGUAUAAUCAACGGAAGUCUGGGAGGACCGGCUCUGGACACACAUCCCUCUCUGGGCCGCCUGGGUUUGGGAGCGUCUCUGCUCAGCCCUGUGGGGGAACAGCACACCAACCGUGUGGAGACCUACCUGGCAAAGAUGCAGUCUGAACUGGAGAAAAACAUAUCAAAGGAGCUGGACUACGGUACAAGCGAGCUGGAGGGUGCCUCUACCCGGAUGUCUCCAGUGGGUUCUGCUUGCAGCUCCCAGAAGAACCUCAACUCAAAUCUGAUUGUGGAGCCACAGGACAAACUGAGCAGAGCCACACAACAGUACCUGGAGGUUCUCAAAAAGAAUUACAUGAUCUGAAACGUUUCACACUAGAAUGGGCCAGUGGGAUUUAGCACAACAAAUAUGACUGAAAAAUUCUUUACCUUAUUAUUAUUAUUUUUUUUUAAAGUAAAGGUGAAUUGUGUGUGGAGAGAAAACCACUGUUACCAUUUAACUUGUUUUACAGUUAUGUUAUUUGGUCUAGUGCUGUAAAAUACCCUUUACAGCCUUCGUGCACAAUUUCUUCUGGUGGUUCUGUGCUUGUUCUUGUGUCUGUUGUGAAUCUCCAUUGAAGUAUUGGCAACAGAAUUGGUACUGGUGUCACCUAGUGAAAAGAACUGCCUCUGCUUCUGUGCAAAAAUAAUGGAUAAAGGCACGCAAAUAAUCUUUGUGACAGGGAGCACUCUCUUUAUACAGAGACUGAAGAAAUGUAGAUGUAGGCCAGAGAGGAAUAAUGGAUAGUGAUAUGAGGAAAGGACACUAGACAGCUGUGACCACCACCAACCUUCAGGAAAAAAAAAAAAAAGGUACUACGCUAGCACCAAUAAGAGGCCAAAGCCGAAACACUAACACUCCAAUAUUUUAUUUGUAUUACUAUUUUUAUCGAUGAUGCAUAUCUAUGACAAUGCACUUUGUACCUCAGAUACUCAGGAGCAAGAAUAAAACUUUUUAAAACAA